UCUGAGUUGAUUUCAUGAUCUUGCAUGUUUUACACCAGACGCUCCAAAGCCUCCCUCUGUGUCAGUGAGUCCCUCUGGUGAGAUCAUGGAGGGCAGCUCAGUGACUCUGACCUGCAGCAGUGAUGCUAACCCAGCAGCUAACUACACCUGGUACAAGGAGGACGAGGACUCACCAACAGCAUCAGGACAAAUCUUCACCAUCACUAAUAUCACAGCUGAACAUGGUGGAAAGUAUCAGUGUGAGGCCCAGAACACACACGGACGUAGUUAUACCACCUUACAUCUGACUGUUGGAGCAGGGAAGUCAGUGAUAAUCAUGAAUAUCAUCAGGCUGACUCUGGUGGUCGUGCUGGUUCCAGUGCUGGUCUGGACUCUGUGGACGAGGAUGAAGAAAACUCUGAGCUUGAAAUCAGAAGUGAAUGAAGCUGUGGAGAUGAUAGAGUCACACAACUGUCCUGAGUAUGAGAACAUUGCUGCUGCAGCACAGACAGAAGACACAGAGGAGCAGGAAGACCUGGUGUGAAGCAUCAGGUCAGAGCCACUGUGACAAACAGAACCAAGAUGGACGACUUCAGAGAACAUCUGUACAAGCGAGUUUUACAGAAACCAUAGUGUGUAGUUAUUAAAUACAGGAAAUCUGUCCAAGCUGCAAAAUAUCUGAGUGCAAGCGCAGAGUUUGAGCACAAGCACGUUUUUUUUGCUGUUACCCUCUGAACUGUGUUGGAGGUCUUGGUGAUGAGCCCUUGAGGCUUUGGUUACACCACGUGACUCAUUUCCUGUCUUAUACAUGAUAUUAAUGUGGUUAUU